AUGGCCGAAGAAAGAAACGACGGAAACACGCCUCCUGAAUUUCUCAACCUCGACCCAGCACCGAGUACGAGCCGCGUACUUUCCCAGGAUGUUCCGUUAGACCUCUCUUGCCGGCCAGCCAAAAGUUCCGAAGCAUCGAUCCAGCCGCAGGGAACCAAUAACGAACCCUGGGUGUGCCCCUUCUGCAUGGAGAAAUUUACCCGUGUGGCCGACGUCAAGAACCAUAUCGACCACAACAUAAUCGACCGAAGACAUCGGUGCCCUGUGUGCGGCAAGCUGUUCCGGAUCCCUUCCCAUUUUAAAAGGCAUUACGUCACUCACACCGGCGUGAAGCCUUACUCGUGUGAUGUGUGCGGACGCAAAUUUGCCCACUACCCCCACCUCAAGAGGCACAAGAUAAUGCACACGGAUGCAAGGCUGCACAGUUGCGAGCAAUGCGGGGCUAAGUACAAGUAUAGCGGAGGCCUGCGGAGUUGCUGGCCGCGCCCACGCCGGUACUGGAAGACCGUGGCCAUCCGCCCGUUCUCAGACCACCUGGACGGCCGACAGCUGGACUGA